CUUCAGUUAAUCAGCGGGUAGCACUGUUUAAAUUAAUCAGAUCAGUUUAACCUGACUUAUGUUUUUUUCUGCUUUCUGUUUGCCUUUUUGCAUUCCUCUGAAAACCAUGAUGGACCUCAGUGAAACUGAAGCAUACCGGAAGUGAGGGAGAGCUCUGCCCAUCUUUGGACCCAAUUGGUUCCUCUGAAAGUGCCAGUACUUUGGCUUCCUCCGUCAUCGAGGUAGAAUCAAACACAGGAAUUGCAGGUCUCGAAGAGUAUGAAGAAGAAGAAAUGUGUCUGUCCAGAACCUCGGCUCUGUCUAUCACAGAGGAGAUCCUGGAACUCAUUAACCAGAGUCGGGUGUGGGACCGUGACGACAACGGGGCAGGCUGGCACAUUGACAAGUCAAAGGACCACCAAGAAAUGCAUAAUGAUGAUGAAGGAGCAACUUCACACACCCAAUUAGCCUUGAGUAGCAACAACGAUGACAACAUGGUGUUGGAGGAAGACGACAAGGAUAGAUUCAAAGAACCACCCAUCGAAACAGUAAAAACUAUGGUUUCAGAAUUACAGACUCAAGCCAGUGAAUCCUCAGAAGAAGAGACACAGAUGCAAGAGGAGCUGGAGCCUUCACCCCUGCAUAUGCUUGAAGAACUGCUUCAAGAAUGUGAAGAAAGUGAGAGUAAGGAGCCAUUGGACGAAUGUGAGGAAAGCAGUCUCAUAGCAAUAAAGGUGCAAGAUGGCACUGGAGAGAAUCAAGAGAAAAAGAGGUGCCUCGCAGAAAACUCAGACAUGCUGAGUGUUAAGGAAGAACUGACAAGUGUCUGCUGUCAUAAGGACAGUAAUGCAAAUGACGACUCUCGUUCCAAAGAGUCCACAAACCAAGUGUCAUCUCUCUGGACUAAUGAAGAAACUGACAAGCCUGCCCCUAAGAGAGAAAGAACUCUAACCAAACGUGACCGUCUUCUAAUAGAGAAGAUCAGGAACUAUUAUGAAAUGGCCGAGGUGAGCAACUCCCACUUUCAAAGACGAGACAGCAUUUCUUUCAUACCUGCUGGGCUUGUUAAGCAUUCUGUGUCCAGAUACAAUUGCAUCACAAAGCAGGAUGGCAGUGGGCAGUCUGUGAUAAGAAAAAUGGAUGCAGAUGAACCUCAGGCUUCCCUCCUCGUUUCAGAGCCACUACUCCGUUCUGAUUUGGGGAUCAGCAACCAUCAUGACCACUCUGAAGCACUAGUUUCUGAGAAAAAGAAGAAGUUGGAAUCAGAUUCUGGAAGCAACUUUGCUCUCUAUUCUGCUGAGAAGACUGAACCGGUGGCCAAAUCUCGAUCUUGUGCAGAGCUGCUAGAAAUUUGGAAAGAGAAAGAGAAACCGCUUAAAGGAAUUGAUGGUAAUUGUGCCUGCAGGGUAAAUGCAGAAGUGAAGGAAUCACCCUUGGGGGAGUCUUUGAUGACCCUGGAAGAUGAUGGACAACAGAGCAGCAUAGGAGAAGCAGAGUCGAUAGAUAAGGAAGCAGAAGUGAAAGUGGCUGAGCAACUGCCUUUCAUGGUAGAAACAGAGAGAAAAGAACAAUCAGAGGCUCAUGAGAGAUCUGUAACCACUGUACCGACAUUUUCUGCAGCUUCCGAAAGUCAGCCAAUGCCCAAAACUGACGCUGAUUCCAAUCCCAAAUUUGAGGCUGCUCGAGUUGACCCAAAAACAACCGCAUUCCAUGUCCCACCUGAUGUGGCUGGGAUCAGCCUACGUGAGAGCAGAGAGGGCAGUUUGAUAGAGAACUCGGACAAGAUCCUCAGUAGAGUCCAGAUGCUGGCCCGUAUGUACAGUGCCAAAGUCAGUCAGAGGAAGACCCCGCUGCAUAAGAAGGUGUGGGAGAACAGGGGACUGCCAGGGAGACGGGAGCUUCCAGAGCUUUGGCAACAGUGCACAGGGGUGGAACCCAUCAACAAGGACAUAGGCUUGCCCAAGGUGCCAAGAGACCCCCAAGUAUAUGGACAUGUAUUUAUUCGAGAGCAGAUAUCCCUCCCCUGUGUGCAGGAAAAUGAGUGUAUCAUCUCUGCAGCCAAGGGUAGCUUCUCCUACAUCGAGGGUAUCAAUAAAGAAGCAGAGCCCAGAGCUGGCAGUGAAGCAGAUGGCACAGCUAUUUUACCAUGCCUGGAGGAACACUUGGCAGCUCCAGCAGUUUCAGAGUACGUCACAUCGCCACCCAAUGGUUCUCCUUCCCAUACAGAUGCUCCAAGGAUGAAGGAGGCCACACAGGCAACUUCUUGUAGACCACAGACGCCAGUACCAGAAGAAGAAGCAUCUGGGACCACCUGUCAAGAAAUGGUACCUCAUGAGUGUCACACUGAUGCCAGCCUUUUAGAUGAAGAAACCUCCACGAAUGACAUACAUUUGGAGGAGAAAGUGGAUAGGAAGCCAAGCUUAUCUGACAAUUAUGACUCAGAUAAUGAGUAUAAUUCUAAUCUUGUUGUAGAAGCCAAGCAGGAUGAGCAGGAUGAGAGUUCCAUGCCAGAAGAUGGCACUUACAACAUAGACAAUGAGUUUACUUUCACAGAUGAUGCAGAACCCCAGCAGAAUCAAAGUCCAGUGCAAGUGGCUGCUGGUUAUGGCACAGAAAACGAGCUUUCUUUUAACGUGAAGAAGAACGAAGUCCCAGUGCCAGAGGUUAUCAGUUAUAGCACAGAAAAUAAGUUUACUUCUAGCACCAAUGUAGAUACCAAGCUGGAUAAGCCCCUAGUGCAAGAACUUAGCCGUUAUGACAUGGACUGUGAUAUUUCUUCUAGUGGAGAGGUAGAAGUCAAGCAAGAUGAGUGCCUUACACCAGUGGCUGAUGUAAUGACUGAAGUUGAUUCCAUGGAUGUAGACCUACCACUCACAGAUGUUCGUAUUUCACUAUCAUCCCAGCAGAAGGGAAGUGCAAAUCAAAGGUCUUCACCAUUGACUGCAACUAAACUCCCCAUUACUACCCUAACUGGUCAGGAGGCCUGGCAACUUGGUCAUAAUAAAGCAGUCACUGAAGAAAAUGAAAAUGAAGGAUGGUGUAUGGUAGAACAAGGAGAGGAAGAGACACCAGAAGAUGUCCCUAUUACUACUUUGACAUCAAAGUCUCCAGAGCUUUCUGAUGCUGAACCUCAAGGCAUAGAUCCCGACCUCACAGAGCCCAGAGUACAAUUACCAAAGUUCACCAGCCAAAGGCCAUCCUACUUGACAACUACAGUUGGCAGAAGAAGCCCCCCUCAGUGUAAAUCAGUGCUCAGCGACACGUUUUCCACUUCUUCUUGUCCUAAGGAUGUUUUAAUUCCACAAAGUUUUGGAGACCAUCCAACAAAUCAGCCUUGUCCACUGAAUGCUUGUGAACCCUUUUCCCAGUGUGAACUUAACUUCAGCUUGAGACGACGAUCACCAUCUCCCAUGGGAAGCUAUGUAGGCUCCAGUCCGUCCAGGUCAUUCGCAACGGCUUGCAUUAGUCAAAAUCUGCCUAAGCUGGACACAUUUGUCCCUGUUGCCCCAAGUGGCAAACCACAGGUUGCACUUAGUCUUCUUAAUACACAGACAGGAGCUAGACCACGAGACCUGAGUCCAUCUUUUAUUCGUCCGAGCUCAGAUAAAACAAACCGUAAUGGGUGCUUGGCAGUUCUGUCUUCCAGUGCUCAUUCUCAAGCAGUUCCAGCAAGUCCAUCUCCCACCUCCCCCUUGGAUACAGAUGGCCUUCAGCACCCUCUGAGCACUCUGGCUCAUUCCCGUGCCUUCUGUCCAGAGAUUUGGAACAGCAAUAACAAUAACAGCAAUGCUCUUGAGCUACAGAGAGCCACUCUACCUAGCAAGGGCCAGGCAAUGUCUUCAGCAAGCUUACAAAGACCACUCUGUAUAUCUGGACACAAUCGAACAGCUCGGCCAUAUUUUUCUGCCUCAGAGCCCAACUCUAGGAUUCAAUCGCCUUCACCUUCCUUUGCAAGGUUAUGCUCGACUCCCACUGUGUCACCAUCUCCAUGUGUGCAGGUACCUCCUGAAAAUGCCACCUUGAAAGCCAAGCCGCCUCACCAUCCCAUAAAGACCAAGGGUGGUCGUUCAUUUCGGCCAAUCAGCGUGGCAGUACCGGACUGUUCUGGAACAUCCUCUGCAUUCUCCACCUCCCCAUGUUGCAGCCCUAGAAUAAUUUCCCCGACUGCCACCUCAGUGUCACCACUAUUUGCACGAUCCAGAGGGAACAGCCUGCCUUUUGUUAAUCUUACGGAAAGAUCUCCAAGCCCCUUUAGUGAUGUGAAGAAGUCCUGGGGAGGUCAUAGGAGUCUUGACCAUGAUUUGGUACUAGAUGACAGUCAGCAAAGUUGUGGAAAGAGUCCAGCUAGAUCUGAAACCCAUUUGAACCUCAGCUCUCCAGAAUUUAACUGCCUAGACUGGCCUGAUUUCCAGGAGUUGCAGAUGAAAUCUUCAUCUUCUGAGAAUGGAGACUGUACAUUAAAAGGAGCAGGAGAAAAUACCUCUUGGGAAGAAGAAGUCAGGCCACCUAGCAGGAGCUGCAGGAGCACUGUCAUAUGUGCUUAUGUCGCAAGUCCUCAGGCAGUGGAACCCGAGCUGCUGAAAAAGUCCUCAACUUUGCCAAACCAUGGGACGGGAGACGCAGUUCACCCCAAUGCAAACAGCACCAAGGGAAUAGGGAAAGCAAGCUACUCUACAACUGUUAACCUUCAGAUUGGAGGAAGUGGGAAGAUUGCCUCCUUCAGCAAUGCCCAGGUCAGCCUCACGCAGACACUAGUGACCGUGCCGGAGAGCCAAAGCAUCAGGAGGAUUAAUGUGAACAGCCGUGUCGUUGAGUCCUCAUAGUACACUUGACAUUUGGACAAUGCCGUCACUGGGCAUUUGAGACCCACCUGAGAGUGAUGAUGAGUGGCAUUCAACCACCUCCUCAUCUGGGGCCAAAACUGAGUAUCUGUAGGAAUAUUUAUUCUUAUUUAAUAUUAAGCUGGCAAGAGGCACUGGGAGAGGAACUGUAGGAAUGCAAAGAUGAAGAUGUGAGAAGAAAAUGAGGGUGAAGUGAAAUAUUUAUUUAUAGCCGUUUCGCUCCUGUGUUUGCAAUGGCUUGGCUCAGGAGCGGCCAGUCAACCGAGUCCUGCCCUGUUAGACAACAGUGCCUGGCAGAUGGGACCUGUGAAGCUUUUUUUGUCUUGAUUUUAUUAUGGAGCCCGUUAGGUUGGCUGUGAUCAGAGCCACCCUUUGAAGAAAAAGAGGAAAAAAUGAUUUAACGUUCAUCAGCACCGGUGGAAAAUACGAAAGCACUCGCCCCCCUGUGGGCAUCCCGUUGUGAAUAUCUGUAACAUUCCAGACACAAACUGUGAUGAGUAUUUUAGGGUGCUCUGUGUGUGUUGUUGUUUUUUUUUACCCAUAAUGCAAUUAGUAUUGUGUAGCAAGUUUACCAGAUGCUGGGAAAUUAAUGUAAAAUGCAAGCUGUGCUGUGUCUUUAUGGUCACUGUUUACACAUGGCAGCAGACCCUCAUUUGCACUUUGGACCACAUAAUGCCAUCUCUUUGACCAGGGGUGCAAUACAUGGACCCCAGGAGGUACGUGAAGCAUCAUCCAUGAGAUACAUUUUGGGGUGAGAGAGAGAUACUUGGUGUAAGUGGAAAAUGACAUCAUGUCUUCCACCACUUACUUUAAGGAGCAGCUCAGAGGAGUAUGGAGACUGAUACAUGUUGUGCUUCAGUGAUAUGUGUAGUUUAGAAUCAAAAAUUAACUAAACUUCAAGUUUGCUUCUUUAGUUGAGUCUAAAAGGGCAAGGAAAAGUAUGCCAACCCAUUGGAAUGACUUGGUUUUCUGCAUUAAUUGGUCAGAAAGUGUGGUCUGAUCUUCCUGUAAGUCACAAGUGUAGACAUACACAAUAUGCUUACACUAAUAACACAAACACAAUUAUAUUCUUUAACAUCUUUACUGGUCACAGCCAUCAAGCAUUCAUAGUGUGCUGUGGAAAAAAUAACCAAAUCCUUAAUAACCGGUCAAACCUCCUUUAGGCAGCAAUAACCUCCAACAAGUGCAUCUGGUAGAUAUGGAGCAGACCUGCACAACGUUAUGGAAGAUUCAGGACCACCCUUCCUUAAAGAACUGUUUACGCCUCAGCUAUAUUCUUAGGAUGUGUGGUGUGAAUGGCUCUUUUGAGGUCAUUUUGUAGCAUCUCUAUUGGGUCUGGGCUCUGACUGGGCCACUCCAGAAGGUAGAUUUUCUUUUUUUGAAGCCAUUCUCUAGUAGAUUUACUUUGAUGUUUAGAGUCAGAUGUCAGACAGCCCCCCUGAUAUUAUCCUGGUGGUUACCUCUAUAUACUUGGCAAUUCAUUUCCCCCUCAAUGAUGAUAAGCACUCCAGGCUCCAAGUCAGCACAGCACACCACUGUAUUUCACAGUUCGGUUAACAUUUUCAUGUUAGUAUGUGGUGUCUUUUUUACAUCAUGCAUGCUGUUGCACCUUCUUCCUGAACAAUUCAUCCUUAGAUUCUUCAGCAUUUCCCCAAUGGCUUUGUGGAGUGUCAAGGUGCUCUUUGGCAAACUUCAGACAUACAAUUUUGUUUUUGGAGAACAGAGGCUUCCUCCUCAGUGACCUGCUAUGGACACCAUGCCUGUUCAAUGUUUU